ACCCGGAGCGGUAGGGGUUGGGAAUGAAGCUUCGCUGACUGUUAUUACAGAAGUAGAGUUUUCUCCAUUUGUUCCUUUACAUUUGAUUUUUUAAAGAACUUGAUGAUAAGGCGCAAAAACACACUUAAUGGAACUAGGGGGAACUUGAAAGACAAGAAAAAUGAUAAAAAAAAAGUAUCUUUCUUUGAGAUAUGUGCCAGAUAUUUGGGAAGAUAAUAAACUGAAAUGAGUUAAAUGUAAUUCGUUCAGUCUGUUAAUGAUUUAAUAAAUAUCUAGAGUAUGCAAUUCUCGUGAAAAAGUUAAAGGCAAUAAUUUUCAUCUGUAGUAUAAAACUACACGCACACACAGAGGAGAGAUAAAGAAAAAAAAUCGUAAAUCUCUUUCUUGUACAUUUAAAAAAAAGAAAUACAUAGAAGAACUUGUUUAUUCCAUAAGAGAAAACAACAAACGUAUGUCUUGUACCAUUCGACUUGAGAUGCGCAGCUACGCCUGCUGCCAGUUCCUGGUGGUCCACCGGACCAAUCAAAGUCCGUCAGUAGAUGGGUUGAGUAUGAUUAUAAAAGGCUGACACACACCUGUCAGGUACCUGGUGCUGCGGUGACAGUGACUGUGAAGGUGUCCCUGGUGUCCACAUCUACAGGAAGAAAAAGGAAAUGGUUCUGUUCAGACAGCUGUCCACCCUGCUGUGUGCGGCGGUCCUCGUCUGCAUCCUGAAGCCGAGUGAGAGUCAGAUAGGAGCAGCUUGUCCUUCUACAGGGUGUAGUACUGUCAUACCAAACAGCGACUGUCUUAACGGUGCUUGUGAGUGUAAACAAGGCUUCUAUGAUGACCAGGGAAGCGACUGUCUUCCUAAAAAAGGUUUGGGAGAUGCGUGCGCUUACAACGAUGAGUGUCAGGAUUCCAGCCACUGCGACGGUGGUCACUGUGUCGGUACUGCUAACAACACGACUGUUGGCACCACGACUGUUGGCACCACGACUGAUGUCACCACGACUGUUGGCACCACGACUGCUGGCACUGCAGACCAAAACAAUCCAAGCAACGGCGCACGUACUGUUAUUUCCAUAGGAGACAGAGCUGUGGUGAUUCAAGGGUUCCUGCAGUACGUGAUGGUCAACCGGAACUGAUGUCUGAAGUCUGAGCAUGCGCAGGGAAGAUGUGGCUCCCACUUCCCUCGAUUAUUGCGUUUAUUCUUUAUUCAUGCGCUCUUGUAUAUCAAGCGUUCUAUUUGCUGUCUUUUUUAAAAAUUAAAUGUGUCGCACGUGAUGACUUUUUCUUACCAGGUGUACAGGAGAAUGUAGCUGUGACCUCACUGCGAGCCUGUGCUGUCUCUUGUCCACAUGUGGACUGUAUGUCCCACAAAAUCGUCUCAGUAGGCCACACCUCUAAGAAAUAAAACUGUUCAAAUAAAAAUGCUAAUAUUUUUGAA